AUGGCUCCAGCUCAUGACCUCUGGCGCCUGAUGCUCCUCGUCGCUGUGAGCGCAGUGGCGGUGGCGUUGCUUUUGGCGCCGCGGGCGGAUGCGGCGCUGCCACGGGUGGAGCACGCGCCCACUAAGGCGGACGGGUCGCUCGCCAUCCUCGUCGUCGGCGACUGGGGCCGCCGUGGGCAGUUCAACCAGACUUUGGUUGCCCAGCAGAUGGGUGUGGUGGGGGAGAAGCUGGACAUCGACUUCGUGAUCUCCACUGGCGACAACAUCUACGACGAUGGCAUCGCCAACACCAGCGACCCGCUCUUCAAGGAAUCUUUCGCCAACAUCUACACUGCCAAGAGCCUUCAGAAGCCUUGGUACCUCGUCCUUGGCAACCAUGACUACACGGGAAAUGCGCUCGCGCAGCUAGACCCUGCCAUUCGUAAGGUGGAUAGCCGAUAUACCGUCAUUGCAAAGUCCUUCAUUGUCAACUCAGGAAUUGCGGAUUUCUUCCUCGUCGACACGACGCCGUUCAUCCUCCACUACUGGAACAAUACCAAGUUCGACUGGAGAGGUGUCGCUCCUCGCGACACCUACAUCGCAAAUGUACUCAAGGACUUGAAGUAUGCACUGACUGCAUCCAAGGCUGCCUGGAAGAUCGUCGUGGGUCACCACCCUAUCAGCAGCGCCUGCGGGCAUGGGAACAACACUGAGCUUGAGGAGUUGCUUCUCCCAGUCCUCAAGACACAAGGGGUUGACAUGUACGUGAAUGGCCAUGACCACUGCCUGCAGCGCGUCAGCAGCAGAGACAGUCAUCUUCAGCUACUAACGAGUGGCGGCGGGUCGAAGGCAUGGGCUGGCAAGUUCAAGACCACCCCCGACAAGGUGGAGUUCCUCUACGAUGGGCAGGGGUUUAUGUCGAUGCGGCUGAGCAAGACGGAGGCCCACCUCGCCUUUUUUGACGUUGCUGGCAGCGUCCUGCACUGCUGGGACCUCGCCAGGACUACUACUACUACGGCAGCUGGGCACUAG